AUGGACCUCUCGUGGCAGUCCAAUUUGAAGAAAGGAACAAAGGCAGACAGCGCCUUGGCUCCCCUGAACAGCCUCGACGCUCUACAGGGCGCGUGCACAUACUAUGUAUGCCUUGUCAUUGGCAUCGUGCCCGUCUCGCUCCCAUACGGCUCGAACCCAUCAUUUUCUGUGCCGCACCAGGCCUGGACUACUAUCGCUACGAACCAUUUCGACUUGUCCGCACCGUCACAGUCUUGGAUGGCGCAUGGCCGUUGCCGGCGUCGAUCUGGCACCGCCUGUUGA